AUGGCGGCGGAGCUCGAGGAUGAGCAGUCCUCAACGUCCGGAGCCGACGAAUCCGACGGCGACGAUUCCGCCUCUCUCUCCCUCUGCGACCUCCCACUGGCCGGCCAUGACGAGUCCGACGGCCCCAAUUCCUCCGACUAUCGCCAGUUAUCUCCUCCUCAGGACCCUUUCGAGUUCUUCUCCGGCAACCGCUCCGCCGCCGAGCAGAUGUGCUCCGCCGAGGACGUCUUCCUCAGAGGGAUGCUCCUCCCCUGUAAUCCCCCUCCUUCGCAGUCGUAUCCGGCGAAGAGGAGCGAUGCCCCCGCACCCCAAAACGCGCCAUUCGAUCACAGGCGGUCGGAGUCGCUCGACGGGAACAACCAGCCCCGGAGAGGCAGGGAUCUCGCGGCGGAAUACCGGAGGCUGAGAAGGGCGACCUCGGACUCGGACCCGAGGACCCCUCCGCCGCCGCCGCCGCCGCAUCCUUCGGCGAUGCCGAGGUCGAGGCCGAAAUGGUAUCUAGUCGUUUUCGGGUCUGUGAGGGUACCGGUGGCGAUGGAGAUGAAGGACAUCCGGAACCGGCAGAGACGGCGGAGAACGCCGCUGCUUGCGGAGUGUGACGGGUGGAGGAGCGAAGGGGGGAGAGGCCCCUGGAAACUUCUCCGGUCACUGAGCUGCAAGGCGGCGGGGAGCACCGUCGUCGCAUCGCCGUUAAGCUUCGUCUCGCACCCGGCCCGGUCCGAACACCUCCCUGGGUCCUGUCUCGCCCGGCGAGAAUUUAUCGGUGCCGGUUUUCCUUAUCAGCCCCUAUAG